AAGAACAUCUUCUGCUACUACAGCAGCUUCGCUCAGACCAGACACAGCGUCGGAAACUUUCUGCCUGAAAACAUCAACCCGUUUCUGUGCACCCACAUUAUCUACGCCUUUGUUGACAUCACCCCCGACGGCCGUGACCUUCAGCCGUUCAACAGAAACGACCACGGUCCCAAUGGUAAGUCGAUCACAGAUUGUAUGUUUUCAGUCUUAUCAUUUUUAUUUCAUAGUUAAAAUUAUUGUAGGAAGAAAUCGGAAUCGUUCUCAACAUAAAGCAAUGCUAUUCACCCGUAUUCCUGACAAGUUUUUAUUACUAUUAAUAUGUAUGGUACAAUUUGAACAAUCAUGCCCUGCCUUUCUGCGUCUGUUGUCUAGCUCAACUGUUCAAUUAAAUUUUGAAAUUAACAAAGUGAAGGUAAGAAUGUGACUGAUAUCAUUCGAAGCGAUGACCAUAAUAUAUUCGUAACAGUACUUUUUUUUAUAACUUUUUUUUUUUUAAAUUAUUUUGUUUUAGUCCGAAGUCACGUUUUCUUUUCGACGAUGUGGAGGAAAUCAACAUCAAAUUUACUGUUGAAAAGAGUCUUCUGUGAAGAAGAGCGACUUACUAAGUAGCUUUGCUAGUUCGCUAUUUUAAACAGCAAUCUUAAAGUUUAAAGUUAUAUCGUUGUUUAGUUUGAAUUAAAGGAUGUUAACUUUUAAUAUAUUUAAUUGAUUAUUAUGUUUUCAUUUUUUAAAUAAACAUCUUUUAUUUCGGAGAUAACCCAUGUUUAAUAUUAGUUUAUUUGGAUAGUUCAAUUCAUUUUAAAAUAUAUAUCAUAUUAUUAGAUAAUCUAAUAAAAUAAUUAGAUACAUAAAUAUUAAAUAAGGUUGCUUCUUUGCAUAAUUUAAGUCUUUUAAAUUAUAUCUACACCUAGCUAAAGAUAUACUUCAUAAUCGAUCAAAAAUUGAUUCAACAAAUUUUGAUACAUGUCCUUAUCUUUCAAUCAAACUAAUUUAAACAAUUAGAAAACAAAAUAAAAGACGGUAAAAAAUAAUCAAACCACUUGUGAGUAAGUUGUGAGUGAUAAGUAAAGUCAUGACAGCACCAAGCAAAAGCUGCGCAGUUGGGAAAUUCUUAAAUUAGGAAAGUUCUUUGCAAAUAUAUAUAUAUAUAUAUAUAUAUAUAUAUAUGUGUGUGUGUGUUAAUAAUAGUUCAGAUAUUUUUCAUGAAAAUUUAGAUUUGGGAAUCCUCUGAAUAUGGCACCCAUCGUGGAUGCCCCUUUCCCCACUAAAGAUGGCUCACAUGAUGGAUGCCCCUUUUCUUCUGAAGAUGGCAUCCAUGGUGGAUGCCUCUUUUAUUCUGAAGAUGGCACCCAUAGUGGAUGCCCCUUUUAUUCUGAAGAUGGCACCCGUGGUGGAUGCCCCUUUUCUUCUGACUUCUGAAGAUGGCACCCAUGGUGGAUGCCCCUUUCCCCCUCCCACCACCAUCCCUAGCCCGGCCCUGUAGGCCUAGAAGGUUUUUAAAUAAGGCAUUAGGCACUACGAAAUUUACUACCAGAAUAUUUUUUUUUUAACUUAAUGACCUUUAUGAGAGAAAGUACGUCCCUGCUAUCUUGCUUACUUUGAAAGCUGUAUAAAAGUGCCUUAAUUAAAAUGAUGAUCGCAAGGGCAUUACCAAGGUAGAGUUAGUAGCUAACUAAAAUAUACACCAUUUUAUUUAUGUUGUUACUGAACAAGACAAAACAGAGACUUGAAAGCAGGACCCUUCCAGAGACUUGAAAGAAGGACACUACCGGAGACUUGAAAGAAGGACCCUUCAAGAGACUUGAAAGAAGGACCCUUCCAGAGACUUGAAAGAAGGACCCUUCCAGAGACUUGAAAGUAGGACUCUACCGGAGACUUGAAAGAAGGACCCUUCCAGAGACUUGAAAGAAGGACCCUUCAAGAGACUUGAAAGGAGGACCCUUCAAGAGACUCGAGAGUAGACCCCUUUCAAAGUCUUGGUUCAUUUCAUCGAGUGCCUUGACUUAAAAAAUCUUGGCGAACUGUCCAUACAGCACAGAAUACAUUACAAUAUCACAGACGAUUUGUUAUCCUCCGGUGUAAACUAUGUGUGCUAGGGAUUGUUUUCUUGAGGCAGUGGUUACAAAUUUCAGGACAGCUCCAACCGCAACCCCCCCCCCCUCUUUUUUUUUUACAGAGUAUGCACAAAGUAUACAUACGCCACCUAGUCACCUAAUUUUCUUUAGGCAGUGGUUACAAAUUUCAGGUCAGAUCCAACCGCAACCCCCCCCCCCCUCUUUUUUUUUUACAGAGUAUGCACAAAGUAUACAUACGCCACCUAGUCACCUACCAUGGCUGCGUCCUGGUAACCGGUGCGAAUAGCCACUUCCAAUAUUAAUUGUAUAAAUAAAUUAUUUUCCUACUCUUAGGUUUGUACUCCCGCACUCUUGCACUGAAAUUAAAGAAUCCUGCACUAAAAGUUCUACUGGCUGUUGGGGGCUGGCAGAUUGGCUCAAAACCUUUUAUUCCCAUGAUAAGAGAUGAAACUACACGGACCACUUGGAUAAACAAUGUUGUUAGUUACGUUAGAAGGUGAGAGCUAAUUUUGUUUAGAUUUAGCUUUUGGGUAAACAAGCAACAUUUGAAUCAAAUAAAAAAUUUCAUUUAAUGCAGUGCAUGUUAACCUACUUUGUUAUAGAAAUUUUUGUUAUAAGGGGAUUACGUAUUAGUUACCAAAUGACAUGUCUUGUGUAAUAAUGUUGUCAUUGUAAUUAUUUUUUUUUUUCAAUUUAAAUUAGUGUUUUCUGAAGAGCUAUGUUUUAUUGUUUGUGAAAAUAGGCAAAAACAAAUAAUUUCUCUUAUUUGGACAUUAACAUGUAUGCAACAUGGUCUGAAUACACUUAAAUAUUUAUUUAUUAAGUGAACAAUUUAUACCAUUGUGUAGACUCAUGCUAAAUAUCUCAAGAAAAUAUAAAAAUUAAAUAUUAAACAAAAGAAUGUCAUGGGAAGUAUUUUGAAAACAUUAAAAUUGAGAAAUUUUAGAUUAAUUGUUACCCUUUUAGUCCCUGUUAGGUCGUGGGGGAAAUGUUUUAAAUAACUUAAUAAUAAUAAUUGGGAAUAACAAUUUUCAUGACAUAAUUUAGGCACGGUUUUGAUGGCUUUGACGUGGAUUGGGAAUUCCCAGCAACUAGAGGCAGCCCUCCACAAGACAAGUACAGAUUCACUUUGCUGAUGAAGGUAAAUGAUUAAUUCUUGAGUCCAAUAAAACAUACCUUAAAUGAUGAAAAAAAUUAGAUGUUUAAUUUUAAAAUCCUUAAAAAUAAUCAUUUUAUUUUUUAGAGAUUGCUCAAACAGAUCUUCUAGUUAUAAAUAGAACAUUAAAUUAACAUCUUUGUAAUUUCUGUCAAAUAUAAAUUUUAACAUUUUUUUUUAGUUCCUUGUAUAAAGCCUUUCUUCUGGAAAAUUUAUUGAAAAAUUUGACCACUUAAAUUUAAUUUAAAAAAUUAUCAGCAUACUAGAAUAAGAUAGAUGAUAUGUUAAUUGAUAAAUAAAAUUAUUUUUUUGUCCAUAAUUUGCUUUUCAAGUAAGACAAUGAAUACUCAAGUUUGGAGAUCUUUUUUUUAAUUCUGUAAACAAAAUUUGAAAGAUAUCAUUCGAUGAUUGAGACAAAUUUCUUUUUAUUUUAAUUAUUUAGGGCCUUUAUGAAGCAUUUGCAGAAGAAGCAAAAGAAUCAGGCAAAGACAAAUUACUUCUGACACUGGCCACAGCUUCUGGAACGUACUACAUUGACCAGAGCUAUGAGCCAAGCAAAAUUAUAAAGUGGGUUAUUGUGUUAACAUCUUGGCCUGAUGAUAUUAUUGAUUUUGGCGCUUGGUGGAUUUUGUUUUAAUAAUCUUGUAGUUAUCUUUGUCUAUACAUCUUAAAAACAUGUUCGUUUGGCUAUUAAAUAAAUUUCUAAGAAAGGAUGACUGCAAGAACAAAGGAAUUGUAUAUUAUUUUUUAAUUUUAAUUAUACGUAAAAUUAAAGCAUUUUUAAAAUUUAAAAUUCUAAAUAAAAAUUUUAAUUUUGUAUGCAAUCAUUUGAAGAUAGAUUUCCCGCUAAUGUAUGUCUCCAUUUCUUCAGUUACAUUGACUUCAUGCUUUUGAUGACCUACAAUUACCAUGGUCAAUGGGAGAAGGUCACCGGUCACCACAGUGGACUCCAUGCACACAAAGAUGACCCUAAGACUGGAGAGAAGGCACAACUUUACCAGGUAUUUAAAUAACAUUUCAUUGCUGUAUUCAUGAGAGUUUAGGGAGUAAAAAUCAUUUCCAUGCAUGAAAUGUGUUUUUUUUAUGAUUAUAUCAAAGCAGAGUAAAAGGACUACAGCAGCCAUCUUUAAUUAGUAUAUACUAGGCCCACAUAUAUGAAACAUUCACUGUGCUUGGUUGAAAAGUGCUACAUCAAAUCUGUAUUACUUUACUUUUUUGUUAAUUAUAAAGCAUUUUAUGUAAAUUACUAACACUUCUUGAAGAGUAAUAUGUGGCGGAUGUAUCAUUAAUGAAAGCUCUAAAUAUUUUAUUAACACAAUUUUGCCAUUAUACAAACCAAUGUCUUCUUCCUUAAUCGCAAGUCCUAAUUUCAUUCAAUAAAUCUAUUUCCUUGAUAUUUACUUACUUUUUACCCCUGUUACAUGACUUGUUACAUGACCUGUUACAUCACCUGUUAAAUCCCAUUACAUGACCUUUUACGACACCUGUUACAUCAUAACUUGUUAAAUCCCCUGUUACAUGACCUGUUAAAUCCCGUGUUACAUGACCUGUUAUAUCACAUGUUACAUGAUCUGUUCAUAAAAAUGUUAGAUAAGAAACACUGAAGAGCCUCCUGUACUUCCUAGUUUACCAGUGAGCUUUUUAUUUGUACAUUAAUUUAUUUCUAAGAAUUAUAUUGGAAUUUCAGUUUUCAGAAGUUAAUUAUGGAUUCUGAAACUGAAGACUUUUAUAAGUUUUUAUAAAUUUACCUGCUUUGUUAAAAUUGUGGAAUAUUCACUAUAGGCAAAUGUCCUCUUCUCUAACAGGAAUGGUCCAUCGACUACUGGCUGGAUGUGGGAAUUCCAAAAGAAAAACUGAUAGUGGGUCUACCGACCUAUGGGAUGUCAUUCACCUUGGCAGGUGAAUCAGAAAACGGUGUCCAUGCACCGGCAGUUGGUGGUGGGAGAAUGGGUGAUUACACAAGGGAGACAGGAAUUUUGGCUUACUAUGAGGUGAGUCAGUUUAAUCAGGAGAAAAAAAUAUGUUUCUAUGUUAGGCACAAAUAGCCUCAAAGUAUAUGACUAAAAAGAUGCAGUUGUUUUAUUAUUCCAUAGCAAUAAAAAGUGGAGAAAGGGUAGCUUCCCCUUUGCAGUUUAAUUUGUAAGGGAUGACAGGCUUAACCAACCCUAUGUUCCUUAGUUACCUCCCCUUGCCCCCACGAUAUUUGUGCAAGAUGCUAUAUGAUAGAUAUUGCUGUAUCAAUAAAUAUUGCACACCAAAACACAGUUUAACGUUAAGGAAAUAUUAAAUGAAUAUUUCGCAACAGUACUGUAUAUAUUUCUAGUUAUUGGAUAGAAAAUACUAUAGGCAGUGCCAACUGUUCCACUAAUAUUAAAUACAGUGCCCACUAUUCCGCUCGAAAUAGGGACAUUUUCAUGGAUUUCAUAAUUUUCUAAAUAAAAAUAGUGUCUUAUUAAUGCUAUAAAGAUUUCAAUAAAAAUUUAAUUUAGAGCAAUGUCGAGAGGACUGCUGCGUUAUAGACCUUGAUCUUCGUUUCUUGUCCGAUACCCCUCCUGUCCCAAACAGUGCUGCGGAGCCUGCCAAUAUGUUGGUACCGGUAUUCAUUACAUAUUGACCAUUCAUAAAUUGAGAUGAGGUUUGAAAUUUGCAACUGACUUAAGAUUAUCAUAAAUCCUGGCAGAUCUGCUUGAACCUUAAAGACAAAGGCUGGGAAGCUGAAUGGAUUGAUGAGCAGGCUGUUCCAUAUUCUUACGGUGGUGACCAGUGGGCAGGAUACGAGGACAAGAAAAGUAUUGCCAUCAAGGUACGCUGACUGGUUUUUUAUCAAAGCCAGUGUGUGUCUGUUUUAUUUUUCCUCAACGUCCAAUCAGAAAAUGACAAGUGCCCCAUUAAAAUUUGAUCACAAGGGCAAUUAUUUUGACACCAUAAUUUGUUUAAUCACAUUUAAUUCAAAGGUAAUCUGGUAUGAAGUGACACCAUAAUUUGUUUAAUUUAAAGGUAAUCUGGUAUGAAUUGACCCAAUCUUUUAACAAGACCUUUUUCAUUAUUGGUAUAUAUUUCUGUACAAACAUUAGUAGUCCUUCUCAGUGAUAAUUUGUAAUUGCCUUACUAAUUUUACUUCAGUGCAUUCAGAAAAAAUUUAGUUUUAAAAGGAAAUCUUUAAAGUUAAAGCUUGAAUACAAUUCACAAGACAAUGCACAAAUUUGAUUACCAUUUUCUUGUUGUUUUUUUAUCGCAAAGAAUUUAUUAAUCCUACCGGUAUUUAAUUAUACAUUACCGGCGUAGAUUAUGCAUGUGCAUUGAUUAAAAUAAUUUUUACAUUCUGAUUUUCCAUUUCUAUUUUUAAAAAAACAUAUAGAAUUUUAUCGUAAGAUAUCAACAUUUGAUCAAACUCAUUGUCUGCCUUGUUUCAAUGGUAGCCUAUACGUUUUUUUAUUAAUAAUUAAUUUGAUAAAUUCAAACUUGAAAAUUUUAGGCCAAAAACAUCCUUAAGCGCAACCUGGCAGGAGCGUUUGUGUGGUCCCUUGAAAUGGAUGACUUUGGUGGCGUUUGUGGACAAGGACAGUAUCCGCUCAUAUCCACCAUUGUGGAAAUUAUCGGAGGUGGUGCACCUGUAAGUUUGUUUUCAUGUUUCCAUUUUACAAGGUUUAAGCUUGCCAAUGACUUGUACGUGUAAGUUAUGUUUCUUAAUUUGUUAUUUAAAAAAAUGUGUAAAACAUUUAGACAUGUGAUACACAUUCUGAUAGAUGUGAAAUAAAUGAUAGGAAAUUCUUUGAGACAUGUUGGAAGGAUACUGGUAAUAAUGGGGGAGAGAAUGCAAUCAGCACUGUAAAGAUAUUAAAUGGAAAAUAAAGGGGAGAGAAUGCAAUCAGUACUGUAAAGAUAGUGAAUGGUAAAAUAAAUAAGGGGGAGAGAAUGCAAUCAGCACUGUAAAGAUAUUAAAUGGAAAAUAAAGGGGAUAGAAUGCAAUCAGCACUGUAAGUGUAAGGAUAUUGAAUGGUAAUAAGGGGGAGAGAAUGUAAUUAGCGGUGUAAAGAUAUUGAACCCAGUGUAAGCUUAAGGGCAUCGGUGGGUUAUUUAUUAAAUCACAUAUUCUUUGGAGGAAUGUUACUAUUUUUGCAUUUCUCUAGAAGCCUUAACUUUUUCAUACCAAUAAUUAAAGAUAAUUGUACAUUUAAGAUGCUUAAUAAAUUUGGACUAGUCUAGCUCUGACAUAUUAGACCAACCUCUCAUUCCUAUGAACCGCAUUUUGUUAAUAAAUUUGGACUAGUCUGACAUUUUAGACUAACCUAUGUUCCUUCUAAACCUCAUUGUCAAAGAACCAGCCAGCGGCCCGUCAAGCAGCUAACCACUACAGGCCACGCAAGGAGCCAGCCUACAAAGAGAGCGCACAAACAUCAGAACAGCAAACCUCAUCAGAAGAAUCAGAACUUAUCACAGAAGAUCUUGAGUUUCCAAUUGAGAAAAUAAAAGGAGAAUUAAUCACCUCCAAGAAGGGAGAAACCACCACAGCCACAACAACAGUCAUCUUGUCCACCAUCAAGCCAUCAUCAGAUGACGACAGCACAGUGCGCCAGGACCGUUGGUGGGGCCGGCAGAUUGGGAUUAGGGCCAGACACAUCCAGAGAAGAACACUCAAGCCUGAAACAGCUUCAACCAGGCAUUACUUUUUCCAUCAUCACCGCCAUUCAGUGAAGCCUGAUACAGACGCCACACCUUCAAAUACUAGGAGAAACAAACCGGCCAGGACCUCAGUGACAUCUUCAAAACAUAAUCAACGUAAGUAUGAACAAAAACAUUUACUAGAGAGUUACACACAAUUCCCUACCAUACAUUCUACUUGUCACGUGUACAUUUUUGUUUGUUUUUUUAUUUUAUUACAGUAUAAAUAGAAUUUAAACAUGAAAAUAGCACAAUGUUUAGACAAGACAUGUCAACAUAAGCCAGCAGUCAGUUGAACAUAUCAAUGUAUCUAUUUCUAAACACAAUACAAAUCUAAUUGGUGUUUUAGUAAUGUUUAAAACUGGAAAGGUUCAACACUUUAUGAAAAUGCUUUCUUAUACUAACUUAUACCCAUCUGAACUGCCAGCUUUUCAGGAUAAAAAAAAUAAAAUAAGUGUGUUAACAAGUAAGGUGAAGCUAACUUUAUUUAUGGCCAAACAAAAUUUCGAAAAUGCUAAAAUUUUAACAAAAAUCCUACUUCAGACAACCAAAUUUAUAUUUAUAUGAAUUAUAUACAAUAUUUCAUAUAAGGAGUAUGAAUAUAUUUUGAUUACGUGGUAAAAAAAUAAACAAAGCACAAAAAUGAGUGCCUAUACCCAAUUCAAACAGAUGUAGAAUAAUAGUGGGUGGAAGAAGUGGUUUUUGGAGAAACAUAAAAAAUCAAGAAAUAACAGAGCAUUUAUUCUAAUAAAUGGAUUGGAUCAACCUAUGGAGGAGUCAGGGUGUCCAACUCAUUUAAUUUGCUUUCUGUUUGCAUCCUUUCUGGUUUUCACUUGGUCUGCAGUAUCCCAGCCUUUUGCAAGGAUCAUUUACAUGUGGUUCAUCUUUCUGUAACUUUGUUUGGUUAAUGAUAUUGAGACUUAAUUUAUAUAAUAAAGUGGCUGCAUCAAACAUUCCAAAUUAAAUACUGGUAGUAAGUUAAAAUGUUAAUGUGCUUUUAUCUCAAAUUUUAUUUAGCUGCAGCACCAGCCUCCAAGAUGGCCCACGAGUUUGCAUCCAAUGAAGUUCAUGAGGUCAAGUCAUGGCAGACAACCCCUUGGUGGUCAGGGGCAUCUAAAAGCCUGAAAGUUGAAGAUGACCAUGACUACCUCAGCGCAAGAGCUACGGGCAGACCUGGUCUUGGUCUGCAGAAAGAACCGACCCCAGGGCCGCUGCCAGCAGUUGAGCAGACAACAACCGAGCAAACAAUAACAGAAGGUGCCCAAGAAGAAGACUCUUUGUCUAAAACUGCAGGUGAAUAA